GAACAGUUUGUCCGGAAGUGUUUUCACAGGUCGACGCUGGGUUAACGUUGCUGGUGUUGUCUGCAGUCGCGCCACGGAACUUUUCAUAUUCAGGCUGAGUAUUCUGCCAGCAGUCAGUAACCAGCACUGUGUCAUCGGAUGACUCUGUUCCAGUAGUUUAUUGUGCAUUUAUUUUUCAAACAGGACGGUGAGGAAUCACAAGAUAUCCCCCGGACAGCUUCCUUGUGGUCCCACUGUCAAAUCACAAUGAUCACCAGAAGAAGAGGACUUGCUCUGAACAACACAGAGGCACAGUCUCUUGAGGUUGAAAUGAAAACUGUGGAAGAUCUCCCAAGUCCAUCUGAGGGGUUCCCAGCUUACGAUAUCGACACCGCUGGAAUAGAGCUAGACGACCUAUUUGAAAUUGAAGAUUUAAAGUGGACACUUGAAAGAGAUACUGGCUCCCCACUCUUCGAUAUUGAGUUGGCUGAUUUCGGUGUGCACAGUGUCAAAGACCAAGAUUCUGAGGUUGAAGCUUCAGUGGCCUCCUCUCCAGAGAGAACAUCAUCUGACUUGAAGAUUAAGAACAGGCAAAACCAGUCAAGCCGCUUGAUCAACAAAAAUGCCAUCGCUGCCAGGUUGAAUCGUCUCAAGAAGAAAGAAUACGUCAACAGCUUGGAGAGGAAAGUUGGCGUCCUGUCAACAGAAAAUGACGGGCUCAGACAGGAAAAUUCUCAGCUGAUCAAGAGAGUGGAGGAAUUGGAAGAUGAGACCAGGUACUUGAGGGCUGUGCUGGCCAAUGAGAGCAUGUUAGCCCAGCUCUUGUCCAGGCUGAGCGGUGUGAAUGGGAUGAAAUUAUCUUCCUCGCUUUUCCAGGGGCCCGACCCAAAUGACCACGACUAUGCCUUACCCAGGAAGCGUGUGAAAGUGGAGGAGAAAGAGACAUCUGGUGGGGUGUGUCUGCACGUGGACAAGAACCAUGUCUCAGUGGAGUUCUGCACUAAGUGUGCAGAGAGUGCAAGCACAUCACUCAAAAUGUAGGGUCAAGUACUUAUCUCUGUUUUCAGAUAUUGAGACUGAACUUGAUAUGGCUCUGUACUGAACUUCUUGAGGGUGGAUGAACACUGUUGAAGUAGUUAAGAUUACCUAAGAACUGCUGAAUGUGCAUGUGUUUUUGUGUAAUGAUGGAUUAAGUACACGUUACUGCUAAACCUUGUUGACAGUUUCUUCUAGGUUAUGGUUGAUCCACCAUCCGGGAUGAGUGGCUUUCUGAACACCUUUACCUGCUUGACUCCAUGUGGAUUCUGCUGGUGGAAGGUGAAGAGGCUGGACAAGCUGCUGCCAACGUGGCCUGGUAUUUUUUUAAAGGUAGUAUCGGUAACCAACGGUAUACGUUGUUAUAUUUUACCAAUACUUCACACCUGUAGCUCUUGUCACCGUAGCUCAUGCAGCAGUUUUGGGGGGCUUGACUACAGCUGCUCCAUUACCCGGAGCGACGCUAUCAGAGGCUUAACAGUCUCAUAAUUAUGUCUUGUAUUUAGUGACAUAAUGGAAUGUAUUGAUUACUAAAUACAUCCAGAAUUACCUGAUUUAAGUGAUGAAGUUGCCAUUAUGUUUAACUAUAUGUAAAUGUGUAUAUAAGUUUGAAUACAUAAUGUUUGGGGCAAAUGACCUUGAUGUUGGACAAAUAAAUCAUAUUUUCAUUA